UGACGACUGACGACAUGAAAUAAGGAGUGUGUGUGCCCAUUUCGUUUUUCGAUUGAGGAAUUAAUUAUUAUUUCUCUCAUCUGUCCUCAUUUCAUUUCUCAGCCAGGCGUAAGUUAUAGUAUUCAGACGUCACACGAUAAUUAUAUUAGUAGCAAUACUACAAACUGCAGGCUAUUAGACCACACACUACACUACACAUCAACAUUCUUCAAACCUAAGUACCUAUAGUAUAGGUAGGUAUCCGGAUAUCGGAAUACCUAAUAGGUACGUACCUACAUGGAAUAUCGGGCAACUUGGUAGUUGAUCGGUGAAUGGAAAAGAUAAACAGUAACACAAACAUGUGCUUCGAAAUAUUGUAUUUAUAACCUGCGAUUUAUGUUAUUUUAUCUCUUCAUUUCUUCUUCGCCACUAAGUACCUAACAAAAUAUAUUAAGAUGACAUGUACCAUUGAAUUACAAACUAGUGGACCAUUUUCACCAGGAAAAACAAUAAACGCCAAACUUUUGUGUUUAUUUGAUACAUCCGAAAUUAUUGAAGGCAUAAAAUGUUCUCUGGUGGGUGAAGAACGUACCCAAUUUAAUGGGGAGGACGAUACCAAACAUGAAGGACUUGAAAGUUUUUUAAAAGAUGAUAUUGAAAUUAUACAAGCAAGUACAAUUUUAUCGGGAACGUACAAAUAUCCCUUUUCAUUUGACCUACCUGCUGGGAUUCCCUCAAGUUUUGAACAUAUAAAUGGAAGAGUUGUGUACGAAAUAACUGCUGAGAUUUCUAGAGGAGAUGGGCGAUAUUAUCGAAACAGUAAAACGAUACAAGUGUCUGUACCAGUGGACUUAAAUGAUAUGGCGCACGAAAUUUCAAUGGUACCUGUUAUUUAUCCGGUAGAGAAAAAAAUAGACGCAUGCUGGCUUUGUUAUAGCGCCGAUCUCACUAUAUCCCUGCGUUUGGAAAAAGACGCUUAUUUACUUGGAGAAACGAUUAAAAUUAAAAUAGACAUUAAGACUGUAACAGGUAAUGGUAUAGCCAAUGUAAUCGCAAAACUAUUGGCGCAUACGGAAGUUACUUCUGAACAUCCACAAAGAAGAAAAUUUAUUGCUGUAGAUAAAAUAGCCAAGAAGAGCGACAAUAAUGGACAAGAAGGAUUUUCACAAAAAGUGUAUUCUUUUGAUUUGGAAGUUCCGAUGGACUGCAACGUUCCUUCUUUGAGCAAAUGUAAAUUAAUAAGGAGAAGGUAUUCUAUCACUGCAAUCGUUAAUUUAAAUGGUUGUUUUGACCCAAUCAAAAUACCAGUUGAUAUAAAACUCGGUCAUAUUACAGUUCAAGAACCUAGACCCAUAGGAUUUUCAAAACCUCCCGAACAAGACACAGAACCUUCAAUAGUGCCUUAUUCCAAAAACAAUAUGGCUCAGGCGGCAGUAGCAAAUCACCUGCCAUACCCUAUUGACGACUUCAAUUUUCCAUCACCUAGUCAUCAUCACGUGGUGCCGCCAUUGCCAAUCGUUCACCUUCCAACCAGUUACACCGCAAUACCUAGCGCUCCGCCUCUGGCAACUAUGUAUUCUCCAAGACAUUUUACUCCUCGAACAGAAGAGGAAGUUGCCGCAUUGCUCCCACGAAACAGUAAUGAUCAAAUGAUUCCUCCACCAACUUACGAUGAAGCUAUAUUAAAAUGAAUGUGCUACUUAGACAAAUAGGAAAUAUAUAUUAAAUGCUUUUUGGAUGAAAUUAACAAUUAAAAUGUAGAUGAAACUCUGUUCUGAAAUUGUUCUAAAUGCAACAAAAACAUUAAAAAUACUGUGAUGACAUAAAAUCUCUUAUAUACAUUUUAGAGCGUUCUUUGUACCUCUAUCGACUGCCGUUUACUUUUAUACAUUUUCUCUUAUUAUAUUAUAUUAUAUUUUAAUAAAUAUCUUAAUAAGAC